CUCAGAAAAGAAAGAAACAAUCAGUAUCAUGGUAAUCAAUGAAGAAGAAUAUGUCACUUAUGAACGCUUUUAUACACUUAAUAAACAAUGUACCAGUGAGUCGUGUGUAAUGGCAGCUUCUGGCAGUAGUUUGUUCUACGAUUUGGACAGUGUCGCCAAGGGAAAUUCUUACAGCUACGAAGACGUAGGUUUAUCGACGUUUAACAUAUUCAAGGCACUUAAUAGGAAAGGCAACGAGUGGCCAAGAGCACCUUCUGAGCCUGUACUUAUUGUUCAGGAAUGCACUACACACAUUAAACCCAAUUUAAAUACAUGCGAUCAAAAAGAAGAAAAUUUAAAUACGGUAAAAAAUUAUUUUCUCCAUGACUGUGUACAGUCAUCAGGAAUAUGUUUGAAAGAUAAUAUUGAAGACACUGAAAGUAGUAGUAACCCGACAGGUCCUCAAAAUACACAAUCUCUAGAUACUAAUACUGGAGUUGAAAAUUAUGUCUCUUAUCAGACCGAGCAUGUAAAAUUUGAAGGCCAUAAAACAAACAAAAAGGAUCACGAGAAACGCAUUAAAGAUUCAUGUCAUUGUAAUAUAGAUAGGCUUGGUUGUACUUGCAAAUACAAUGAUACAGCUACUAAGGCCAAAACAAGCAAGUCUGUAGCUAAACAGAGAACAACUUCAACCUACAGAAAAGAAGCAAUAACAAACAUGACGACCAUGAAUAAAACUCACUUGGAAAUGGAAGACAAACUUACACGCAUGAGCGGCGAUGGACUAGGCGAAAAAUAUGCAGUAAAUCUUUCAAAAAAUGACACGUCUUGUAUUUUAAUUUUGGAUGCAUACGAUAUUGCAAAAAUGAGUCAUAGUCAGAUAUCAAACUCCCGCAAAAGUAGAGUCAAGCUCGUGAACGUUGUAACAAAUAAAGUUAGAUUGAACCCAAAAAAAGUAAGGGCUGUGAGGUGUCCUAACUGUCAAGGACAUAUAGAAUUGACUGUCAGUACAGAAGAUGAAGCGAGUACAGUUCAACCCAAAACGGAUCUUAAAUCGGAAUCUGAGUUCACCUGUAUGGCGGGCUCAAAAGACAGAUAUCAGCCAAUAAUUGAAAUUUCAAAAGAAUGUCCACAUGGCUGCGAGAUGGUACCACUUUGUCAAAUACUACCCAAAGUAAAUUUUGACGCGUCUAGUAUAAAGCAGAAUAUCCCCAAGAAAACGACGCCUCGCUUCAUUAAAAUGACUAAAGCCUGCAAACAUUAUCCUCCAUGCACUGUAGUCCCUUCAUGUCAAAGGAACAAUGUCUUAAAAGCCAAUUGUGAGUGCAUAACACCUUGCAGUCAUCGCCCUCGGUGUGUUAAUCUGCCCCUAUGCAUUCCAUUUUGUAAAAACCUGCAGUAUGACGAAACGACAAAACAUUACAUAGAUAACGAGGAAAAAACAAAAAAAUGCUACUUUCCUACACUUAAAUGUUUUCCUGUAAGUCAAUAUAAAUUGUUACAACCCCAUAAUAUAUCCCAAAAAUCCAAUGCAUUUGAUCCUCGAGCAUAUCACGUAAAUCAAACUCACUUAUCGUGUCAAGUUCCACCAUUAAAUGCAAAGCAAUUCGACUUUGCAACAAAAUCUUGUCAAUAUGAUUAUCCAAAGCAUGAGCCUAAUGAUGCGGCAAAAGAGGAUGCAACUGAUGCAAGCGUUAUAUAUAUCAGAGAUGUUGGAUGUCAAUUUAAAAACUCGUCAUUUACACCACCCCAUACGUCUUAUUACCAAACGCGAGUUUGUUAUACCUCUAGCGCUUCCUUUGAUCCUGGGAGUAAACGUUUGGACAAUAUAUAUACCAAUCCCAAAGCUUUUACAUGCGAGACAUUGACAAAUGAUGUGAAAUCAAAAGCAAAAUGCAAGUCAUCGACGAGUCUUUCGCCGUCUUCUUCUAGAGUCACAACGUCGCAACGUGAUUCAUCCCAGAAGCCAUCCUCUAAGACGCAUCCAGGGUCCAACACUGUAGCAUUCUGCAUGUUGCGAAACGGUGAAGGGGGGUACGUGGUCCCAGUCAAGCCAAAAGGAAGUGCUCUCAAAGGUAAAUGUAAGAAUAAAUUUACUAUUCAGCGUCGGCAAAUAUCUAAAGUCUUGUCCAACUUUUGGUGUAGAAAACAAGUGUAAUUUUU